AUGUAUAGCGAUUUAGAAGGGUUUCUUAAGGAUUCAUUUAACAAAUUCCCUAUAUAUCUCGUGACUAUUUCAACUUCCAUAAAAGAUGAAAUGUCAGAAUUGGAUAGACUUCAAUCUUUUCUAUUAAAAAGGUUUAAGGUUGGAGUAAUAAAUAUUGAAAAUUUGACACUUUAUUUAUUACCAACUUCAGAAACAUCUAGUGAACUUCUUGGUGUAGAUAGACCAAGUAAUGUUAAUGAUCUUUACUUUGUACUUCAAUUACCAAAGAACGAAUUAUCUAAUUAUUUGAAAUCGCAGCCUUCUUCAACAAAAAAGUACAAAUCUUCUAAAUCUACUAAACAGUUGACAUACCAUGAAGCGCAACGGAAUAAUUUACCACCAAUUUCGACAUCACCACCACGUCGACCUAUUCAAAAAAGUUUCAAUCCAAAUAAUGAGACUACUAGUAAUUUGGAGUUGCAAUCUCCAACAAAAAAAUACGGCGUUCCUUCAUCAUCAUCACGCCCAACGCAGGCAAGUGUUCAUCAAAAUAAGGAUGACAUGGAUAUACAAUUUCCAUCACCUAAAAGACACAAAGGUUAUGCCGGUAUAGAUCAGUUUAAAGUGCAUCAAAAGAACAUGCUACCAAAUAUACAAUCCGUACGCCCAACGAAUACUAUACCUAAAGAGAUAUCUAAACCCAUUGUUGCGAAUGAGCCUGUGAAAUAUUCAGUUAAUUUAAAUGAAUUUGAUGGUCUGAACUUUACUGUUGUUGGAUCUACGUAUGUUGAAAGUCAAAGAGUAAUUGCCUACUUAAAAGAGAUGGGUGGAAAUGAAGUGUUAGCAAAGGAUCCUAGUGGGGUUAUUCUAUUAACUUCGGUAUCUAUCAAGUGUACUGAUAACAUCGUUGAUAAAAUCUUGAGCUUUACAAAUGCGGUUAGUGGGUGGGAUUUCAAGAUUCAUCCCAAUAUUUUAAGUUUUCUUCAAAGAUUAUUGACUUUUUUAUCUGAUAAUGAGUUCAUGAAAACAAGAUUAGAAAAAGCUUUUAAAGGGAUAGUGGAUGGACUUAUUUCUGGUAAAAUUAAAUAUUUGCUACCAAAUGAAAUGUCAUUGGAAGAUUAUGAUAUGGAUUCGGAUAGAAUUACAUUUGGUUCAAUGGAGUGUUUAAUAAAAGUUCAUUACGAUAAAUAUCGUCAUUUUGUUGUAAUUGAUGAGAAUUACGAACCGUCUGUUGAGAAUGAAAUGAUAGGGAUCGAAACUAUGUCAAUUGAGAAGUUAAAACAAGAAUUUGAAGAAAAUAGAGAAAUAUUUGUUUAA